GUCAGGGAGCCGCGCGGGCGGGACAACAGGCCGCGGGGAAGUUGGGAGAGCGGCGUGCGGGAGCGCGCGCGCGCACACGCGGGCCGGGGCGCGAGCAGCCGCGGCCACCCCGGUCGCCUCCCUAAGCCGCGAUCGCCGGUGCUCGCGACUCGGCGGCCGGAGAAAGAUCGGCCAGUGGGCCGGCGUCUGUCAGCGGGGUUUGAGGCCGGGUGGCGGUCGCCGCUGCCUCCUGGUGUCUGGGCCGCCCUGAAGAGCCGGGACCGGGGCGCGGCGGGCUAACUGGCCCGGGGAGCCGAGAUCGCUGGGGACGCCGGCGGAGGUGCACGCUGGCGGUCUCCAGGAGCCGGGAGGAAGCCAAGAGGACCAUGUCCGGGAGGAACCUCCACCUUUCCACCACCGAACGCGUCAUCAAAGCUGUUCCCUUUCCUCCAACCCAGCGGCUUACUUUGAAGGAAGUGUUUGAGAAUGGGAAACCUAAAAUUGAUGUCUUGAAAAACCAUUUGGUGAAGGAAGGACGCCUGGAAGAGGAAGUAGCCUUAAAGAUAAUCAAUGAUGGGGCCGCUGUCCUGAGACAAGAGAAGACUAUGAUAGAAGUGGAUGCUCCAAUCACAGUGUGUGGUGACAUUCAUGGACAAUUCUUUGACCUGAUGAAGUUGUUUGAAGUUGGAGGAUCACCUAGUGACACACGCUACCUCUUUUUGGGUGACUAUGUGGACAGAGGCUAUUUCAGUAUAGAGUGUGUGCUGUUUUUAUGGAGUUUAAAGAUUAAUCAUCCCAAAACAUUGUUUCUGCUUCGGGGAAAUCAUGAAUGCAGGCAUCUUACAGAAUAUUUCACCUUCAAACAGGAAUGUCGAAUCAAAUAUUCUGAACAGGUGUAUGAUGCAUGUAUGGAUACAUUUGACUGUCUUCCUCUUGCUGCCCUCUUAAAUCAGCAGUUUCUAUGUGUACAUGGAGGGAUGUCACCUGAAAUUACUUGUUUAGAUGACAUUAGGAAAUUAGACAGGUUUAAAGAACCUCCAGCCUUUGGGCCGGUGUGUGACCUGCUAUGGUCUGAUCCCUCGGAAGACUACGGCAGUGAAAAGACCUUGGAGCACUAUACCCACAACACCGUCCGAGGGUGUUCUUAUUUUUACAGUUACCCUGCAGUUUGUGAAUUUUUGCAGAAUAAUAAUUUGUUGUCAAUAAUCAGAGCCCAUGAAGCCCAAGAUGCUGGGUAUCGAAUGUACAGGAAGAGCCAAACAACAGGCUUUCCAUCACUCAUUACAAUUUUCUCUGCUCCCAAUUACCUAGAUGUCUAUAACAAUAAAGCUGCUGUGUUAAAAUAUGAAAACAAUGUCAUGAAUAUCAGGCAGUUUAACUGUUCACCACACCCCUACUGGCUUCCAAACUUUAUGGAUGUUUUCACAUGGUCUUUGCCUUUUGUCGGGGAAAAAGUCACAGAGAUGCUGGUUAACAUCCUCAACAUAUGUUCUGAUGAUGAACUGAUUUCCGAUGAUGACAUUGAAGAUCACUACAUUUCAAGCUAUCAGAAAGGAGGCACCACAGUUCGAAAGGAGAUCAUCAAGAAUAAAAUCAGAGCCAUUGGGAAGAUGGCACGGGUCUUUUCAAUUCUUCGGGAAGAAAGUGAGAGUGUGCUGACUCUCAAGGGCCUGACCCCUACAGGUACACUCCCUCUGGGUGUCCUCUCCGGAGGAAAGCAAACUAUUGAGACAGCCACAGUAGAAGCAGUAGAGGCCCGGGAAGCCAUCAGAGGGUUUUCACUUCAGCACAGGAUCCGGAGUUUUGAAGAAGCCCGAGGUCUGGACCGAAUUAAUGAGCGGAUGCCACCCCGAAAAGAUAGCCAAUACUCUGAUGGGCCAGUGAAACUGGUAACCCCUGUACAACCAAAUGCCACACACAGAAGUGACAAGGGAAGAAAAGCCAGUAAUGACUCAGAGCCCUUCCGUGGCACAGGUGGAUCCAAAACUUAAGAAGAAAUUCUAUUUAUUUAUUAUUGGAAAACAAAAACAACUUUAACAACUUAAGCCUAGAGGUGCAUUCAUAAUAUUCUCUGCAUUUAUUCUGUAAGAAGGGUGACCAUUUUAUAAAUUCUUUUAAUUUAUGUUUAAUAUAUAUAAGAAGUGCAUCUGUUUUGUUUUUUCCUCUUUUUUCCUAAUUUUUAGGAACUGAUCUGAUUGUCUGAUACAGAUGUGAAAUCUUGUGCUAUAAAGGGGACCUUCCCCUAAUAAAAGGGCCUUGGAAACCUCCACCCUGGGUUUCUGACUUGAA